AGCCAAGAGCCUGGCUGUUUUUAUUCUUUUUAUCUUUUCAUGUAGAAUCGGCGGGCGUUGAGGGCUUGGAUUCAUGUCUGUUCUUCUGGGCUGAAAUGCUGGCUUCUGCCUCCGCGAGUAGACGCGGACGCUCUGCUCUCCUCGGCAAUUUUUAUUGCCAAAAUUGUAUUGAGAAGAAUAUUGUCGACUUAAAUUUCCAGUUCACAAAGUUUGAAGGGGUUUCGAUCCAGAUAGAAACGACAGUUGGUACUUCAAGUAUUAGGGGGCCUCUUCUCCAUUGCCACUUAUACAGCGUCAUCUCGUGAUGACGGUAUCAGUCAGCGCAGAGUAACCCUUAGCUUUAUCCUUAGGUUUUCACUACUUGUGAAUAAGAAUCAACUGGCGCGUGAGACACCAGGAACUGAUGCGCGAAGCCCGGCGAUUUCUUACUCCAUGAACUGCUUUCUGUGUAUGUCAAUAUCUACACCAAACAAGAGGAGACAAGAGAACUUAGGGACCUCUUUGCUAAGGGACAAAAAUACUAAGAAGAUUUACUAUGAACUUGAUAGAUUUUUAGACUGACUGUUUUUGACACCUUAAUUUAGAGCCAGAAGUUUUCUUGCUCUGAGGGCCAGAGUCUAAGUGAAAUUCUCAGCGAAAAGAUCCAAUACAAACACCAUCGUGUAUCUGCAGUGGAACGUGAUUCGUCGUGUGAUGUUAGGUGGGAUUCUUAUCGCGAUAACCCGCAAUGGAAGGUAGUCCGUGGUAGUUAUCCUGCUGUUUCUAGCUGUCAUCCAUCUUCACACGUUCACGAUUGCCUCCAUCGCAAGUCAAGCAUUCGACUCCAGUCACAAGACUCGACUUAAAAGACAUCCUGGACUGACACAUCCCAUCCUGUUGGGUUCAGAUACUGGAUCACCAGAGAAAAAACCUUACCACUUCAACAUUUGUCAUCGACGUCUGAUAUUACGGGCCGAAGCACAAGAAAAUUAUGAGAGGUGUCGCAGCUGGACCUCCGUCACCUGUACGGACAAGGGGUCGUGCAAACACCUUUGCCUUUAGCAAGGUACGAGAUAAAACAUUUCUUUGAUUCAUUGUUAGUGUUCAAGCGAACGAAUCCGAUCCACCAAAUUUCGUUAUCGUGAGGCCGCAAGGCGGUGUAAGGGCAGCACCACAACACAACAGAAAGCCGCAAAAGCAACUAAACCUGGGGUGAGGGGACCCCACGUUCGAAAAGUCUGGGAGCUUGGGGGAGAAAGAGCUUCAAGGUGCAUCUACCAUCAUAUCACAACGUCAAAUCGAAUGGAAGACGGGUCAGAAGAUGGAUGACCCCAUAUAUAACAUGCGUUGGAAAUGCAAGCAUCGGCCGAGAACGUACCCCAGGAACCGGCACCUGGAGACUUUCAAAAAGCAAUUGCAAGUCAUGAUAUCGCAGCAACACGAUGCGACACGAUACCAGUGGUGCCAAUUCGGACAGACCCGGAGCUCAGCAUAGGUCUCGUGAGCGGCAGCUGGUGGCGGUUCCUGCAGCAUAGUUGCAUCCAAACAGACGGGCCUAGGCAAACAGUUGACCGUGAAUUGAGGCUGGCGGCCCGGGUAAGAGCACGGGACAAGUGUGAUGAGAUUUGGAUCUAUCAAUAUCCACGCCAAUGCCAAUGUCAAUGCCUGUUUACUGGAGCUGACUCGGUUCUGGGCUCGGCGUCUUGUCGGUGUCUGGGUGAAAUGCCUAAAUUCACACAAUCAGGGGCAAUAUUUUCAAUGGCUACUGCACAUCCUCAACACCAUCUUUCUAAGCCUUUGACGCCGAAGAUUGCCCUCAAAUGCCUGGAUAUCUGGUCGCCGUCUCCGGGACCAUGCCGGGAGGAUCCGGAGGCAGGUCACCAUGAGACAGCUGCAACGAGAGUUGAGCUAGCGGCUACGUAGAGGACUCUACAGGUCUCUGGCAGCUCUGCGGCUUUCCUCCCCCACCAUCUGAUCGGCAAACGGAAAUGGAAAUUUUACAGAGUGGAGGUUCCCCCGGUAAGAGGCCGGAAGGAACAUGAAGUCAGGUUCAGGGGUGUCUUUGGAGCACCCGACCUUCUGUCCUUCCCCUACAGGACCGUCUCCGAGUCACCUUACAGGGCGUCUCAACCGUCCCGGGGCUCUACAGACACGCACGGCGUCCAUCCGAGCGGCGGCGGGGGAGGUUUGACCCGCGACAGUGGAUCAGAAACGCGGGCUUUAGCGGGGCAACGACGUAAUCCCAUUGGCCUGUCUCCAUUCCAUCGUCAUUCAUGAUGGAGCCACGACCUUGAGAAAGACGAUGCAAGCCGCAUGCUCAACAUGAUUUUUUUUCUUUCGUGUUUGUGAUGGAGCAAACUCGGUUACCUUGACUAAAGGAUAGGCAUUUUCUUCUUUCUAUAGCAGCGAUAAGCUGUACCGUAUCAAGUGUGAUACUCAGCUGGUUGGGUCCCUCUCUUAGCCUCAAAAUCGACUCCAUCUUCAUCCCGAGCUACCUUACCUUACCUUACCUUAGCUACCUGCACCCUUACCUUACUUCACCUUGGACUUCUGUCACUUGACCUCUCUUAUCCUCUUUGACCUCCUGUCCCCUUGGACUAUUCGCUACCCCAGGCACGGCUUGCUACUCUAUAGAGCAACUAGUUAAAGCAGCUGCUGUCCAUCCAUCUCAAUUUCUUUUCCUUUCAUCCAUAGACCGCUCGCUAUUCGACCCCUCAUUCUAUCCCCCACUUCAUCUUCAGACAGCUUCUCCCCGAAGUCUUGGUUCCCUUGCCCCGGGUGCCUUUACUGCAGAUCACAUCAAAUUCAUCUGAAUCUUGCUCUUCUCGACCAGCUCAACUUUGGUGCUGCAUAUACAGACGGGUAGAGCUUCGACUGCCUCUAUUUCCUGCAUCGAGCAAAGUUGCAUUGAGGCCACUCAAUUAGGAUCAAUUCGGCGUAUCAUUGACGUGAAUCUACUCCGUUGGGAAGGAACAUACCAUCCAUCUACGUGCCGUGCCCUCCUCAUCUGAUCUCAACUGGCUGGCUACCUUCGGAUCCAGUCGUCGGAAAGAACUCACCCAGCUCCUUCGUUUCUCCUCACUCACCCUCUGGUCUACCUCGGCUCACACGACCACUAACAUUCUGACUCCUACAUUCUAUCACUCGUCUUCGAUUAGACUACCGUCAUUCCAAUCUCAUCCUCUUCUUUGUUUGAUGCCUCUGCAGUAUUGGAGCUUCAUCAGAUUUGAUCAGUGCCUGGCUCUCUUUUGUGAACCUUGAUUGCUCUGCUCAGUAGCAGUCGCAUUCAAUUUUACCGCCCAACCAACUUACACCCCAUUUGUCGCAAAUCAUCAGCCACGAUGCCUUCUCGAACUAACGGUGUCGGCGUUCAGGCCGAAGAUACCAGGAUCUGCGUGGUCAUGGUCGGUCUACCAGCCCGAGGCAAGAGUUAUAUUGCCCAAAGAGGUAGGUUUUAUCUCUAUCUGCAUCUGCAUCACGCGCCAUCAUAGCUGACCAACAUCUCAGCCCAGCGAUAUCUUCAGUGGCUCUCCAUCCCUGCUCAGACUUUCAACGUUGGCAACUACCGCCGCAAUGAUGCACCACAACCCACGGCCGAUUUUUUCGAUAUCAACAAUCCGGAAGGAGAACGCACCCGCCGUGCUGCCGCUGAGGCUGCUGUUGCCGACAUGCUCGCCUGGUUCCGGUCUGGCGGCAUUGUUGGUAUUCUUGAUGCUACCAAUUCUACUCUGGAACGCCGCAAAUGGGUCCUGGAGGUCUGCAACGAAAACGGCAUCGAGGUUCUCUUUGUCGAGAGCAAGUGUGACGACGAAGAGCUUAUCAUGGCCAAUAUCCGAGACGUCAAGACUACCAGCCCGGACUACCGUGGACAGGACCCUGAGACUGCCGCCCUCGAUUUCCGUAACCGCAUUCGCAACUACGAAAAGGUGUACUGCACCAUUGACGCUGAUGGCAAAGAGUCUCACCUGACUUACCUCAAGAUCAUGGAUGUGGGUAAGCAAGUCAUUAUCAGCCGUAUCCGAGAUUAUCUCCAAAGUCGCAUUGUGUACUAUCUCAUGAAUCUGCACAUCCGUCCUCGUUCAGUUUGGCUAUCAAGACACGGUGAAUCCUUGUAUAACAUUGACGGAAGAAUUGGCGGUGAUACGCUUCUCUCUCCUCGUGGUGAACAAUAUGCCAGAAAACUUCCUGAGCUCGUCCGAAAAUCAGUUGGUGACGAUCGACCACUCACAGUAUGGACCUCAACUUUGCGACGUACUAUUGCUACUUCUCGUUUCCUUCCACAGCACUAUAAUCAACUCCAGUGGAAGGCGCUCGAUGAGCUUGACUCAGGAGUAUGUGAUGGCUUGACCUACCAGGAGAUCAAGGACCGAUAUCCCGAGGACUUUGCCGCCCGUGAUGAAGACAAGUACAACUACCGAUAUCGUGGCGGAGAGUCGUAUCGCGAUGUUGUUAUCCGCCUUGAACCCAUCAUCAUGGAAUUGGAGCGAAGUGAAGAUAUUCUUAUCGUCACCCACCAAGCUGUGCUACGAUGCAUAUAUGCAUACUUCAUGAAGAAGGACCAGUCUAAGAGCCCUUGGAUGAACGUGCCCCUACAUACCUUGAUCAAACUUACCCCAGGAGCCUACGGUACCGAGGAAGUCCGCUAUGAGGCCAAUAUUCCUGCUGUCAGCACCUGGAGAGGCAAGGGUAGCACCGCUAAGCACGAGAACCCAGCCCCUGGUGUCAUGUAAUACGAUAGACAACAUUGUCAAGUUUCGCAAGGGUCCUACGACCUGUGCUUGAGUAUACGGCGAACAUGCGCCCGGUGGAUGACUGUUACGAUUUGAAAUGAGCGUGCAUAUGGAACAGAUUUAGGGGUAUGACGACACGGUAAAGCAUUUUUGAGGGGCAUUCUAUGACUACUUGCUAUGAAGAGGACAGCUCGUACGAUAUCCGCAGGAACUUAGGGUUCGGGAACAAAAACAUACACGGCAUAGUGUCACGAAAGACACAAUUGUAGGGCUUCGGUAGGGCUCUGUACAGGAUCAACGGCGUUCUUUUACUAUUUGUCUGAUAGCGGAUCAGGCUGGAUAAUGACUAGCGUCUCUAUAAAAGUGACAUCAAAGCACAUGACCAUAACGAAUUACAAACUCAUGAUAGCUAGAUAUGAGAGCAAUUGUGCGUUCAGUGAACUGAAGUUGAGCAUUGCGGGCAGUUGAGGACAAAUUUAAACUAUUGUGGCAAUGCUUGACAUGGGGUUGCAGGUUUUGUAAUCCCCGGUUUAGGAUGUUGUUGUGUCCCGGCUAACAACUAAGGUGCCUUUUACUGUCCUCAUAAUAUCCAAGAUUUCGGUUCCCUUAACUCAUAUUUGGGACGAUAAUCUACCAGUACAAUAAAUCGCGAGAACGACUGGGAGAUGGACAUGAUGAGGUCAUUAAUGAACAUCAUCUCCCCAACUGAUAAUUGCCAAUCGAUCGUCCAACAGCCGACCAUCGUACAAAGUCUGUAGGAUCCUGCGCCGAUUAUGGCAUCAGAGAGCACCUCCUCAACAUCCCCAGCAAUACCUCAUCAGGCUCGCCGGGGUGGAGACCGCGGGGAAAGAAGGGCAGGGUGCGCCGGUAGUUGCUCGGUGGGGUCGAUUUGUGUACCGACCCAAAGUGUUGGAGACUCAUCGAGGUCAAAUCGACCUCUUAUACGGCGUCCAUAAAAAGGGCCUUUCAUGUCCUUCAGCCUUUCCUGAGCUGUUCAUAUUGAUAUCUUCUGAAUCCUCUGAAGACAUAGUGGGCGAUGUGCGCUCCAAACCUACCAUGACCACCAGAUUUGGCCUUACAGGGCAGAAUGUCCAGAAGCAUAGGUAAGAUACUGGCUUGCGCGAUUUUCCGUAGUGGCUUCACUCAUUAUGAUCGUGUGAGCUUUCAUUCGAUUGUCCCGUAGAACUUGGCAUGUGGUGCGAGGCGCAGUCUGUGCCGGUAUUGGUGUCAGAUUUCCAGACUUCCUGUUUUGGCUGAUUUUCUUCGGUACUUUGUUGUUUCUUUGAAACCAUCUUCUUGGUCAAGGAUGGAGUUUGUGAUCGGGAUCCUUCGCGGCGCUUCUCUCUGCUGCGUGUGGUCUUUGACAUUGGCCAAGAACGACGGAAUCUUCCAGUAGUUGGUGCAGUCACACUGGGAGCUGCAGGUGCACUGUACCGAGAUUGUAGCUGGUGGAGGAAUGUGUGGUUGGGAUUGUCAUGGCAAGUGCAGCGACAAGGAGCGAGGUUGGGCCCGGAGGCCUUGACAAUCUUGGCAAUGAGCUCGGCCAUGGACAAUUCGAUAUGAAGUUUGACGAGAUAUGCAAGCGGGUGAAACUCGACGUAUCUAACACGACGAUUAGCUGAUAGACAAUACUCGG